GAGGGUAGCCCCGCCUCCUGUCCGUCACACUCCUGGACUCGCCGCCGCCUGCGCAGAAGCCCCCGAGGUCGACUCCGCUUCGUUCCUCUAGGUGCCGGGUCGCCGCGCACUUCCGACCAUGCCGCGUGGAAGCCGAAGCCGCACCUCCCGCGUGGCCCCUCCGGCCAGCCGGGCACCACAGAUGAGAGCUGCACCCAGGCCAGCACCAGCCGCUCAGCCACCAGCUGCAGCUCCACCAUCUGCUGUUGCUUCACCAGCUGCAGCUCCCCGGCAGCCUGGUCUCAUGGCCCAAAUGGCAAGCACUGCAGCCGGUGUGGCUGUCGGUUCUGCUGUUGGCCACACUAUUGGUCAUGCCAUCACGGGGGGCUUCAGUGGAGGAAGUAAUGCUGAGCCCGCAAGGCCUGAUAUCACUUACCAGGAACCUCAGGGAACUCAGCCAGCUUACCAGCAGCAGCAGCAGCAGCAGCAGUUUGGGCCCUGCCACUAUGAAAUGAAACAGUUUUUGGAGUGUGCCCAGAACCAGGGUGACCUUAAGCUUUGUGAGGGUUUCAGUGAGGUGUUGAAACAAUGUAGAUUUGCAAAUGGAUUAGCCUAAUCAAGAAGAUGAAGACAUGGAAAAUCACCUCUCAUGACCAAGUUAAUUCAGCAUAAAAAUAUGAUUAGUAGUGAAAUGCAAAGAGUAAAACUACCAGUGAAUCUAUUCUCAACAGUGUCCUUGCUUCUCAUUCAUUUGCAUGGAAGAGAUUAUUAUGUAACUCACGUCCUGGUUCAUUGAGAUGAUACUGAAUUUGGAGCUAAACAGAUGUUUGUGUGGCUUCCUUAGACCAGCUUUUGUAAUGUUACAAUGUACUGAUUAGAAUAAAGUGAUUUUCUUCCAGAA